GAUGGCGGACGGCGACAGCGGCAGCGAACGCGGCGGCGGCGGGCCCGGCGGCUUCCAGCCCGCGGUCCGCGGAGGCGAGCAGGAGACGCAGGAGCUGGCCUCGAAGCGGCUGGACAUCCAGAACAAGCGCUUUUACCUGGACGUGAAGCAGAACGCUAAGGGCCGCUUCCUGAAGAUCGCCGAGGUGGGCGCGGGGGGCUCCAAGAGCCGCCUGACGCUGUCCAUGGCGGUGGCCGCCGAGUUCCGCGACUACCUGGGCGACUUCAUCGAGCACUACGCGCAGCUGGGCCCCAGCAGCCCGGAGCAGGUGGCGGCGGCGGCGGCGGGCGCCGAGGACGGCGGCGGGCCGCGGCGCGCGCUCAAGAGCGAGUUCCUGGUGCGCGAGAACCGCAAGUACUACCUGGACCUCAAGGAGAACCAGCGCGGCCGCUUCCUGCGCAUCCGCCAGACGGUCAACCGCGGCGGCGGCGGCCCCGGGCCCGGCGGCCUGCAGAGCGGCCAGACCAUUGCGCUGCCCGCGCAGGGCCUCAUCGAGUUCCGGGACGCGCUGGCGAAGCUCAUCGACGACUACGGCGGCGACGACGACGAGCUGGCGGGGGGCCCGGGCGGCGGCGCGGGGGGCGCGGGCGGCGGCCUGUACGGCGAGCUCCCGGAAGGCACCUCCAUCACCGUGGACUCCAAGCGCUUCUUCUUCGACGUGGGCUGCAACAAGUACGGCGUGUUUCUGCGCGUCAGUGAGGUGAAGCCGUCCUACCGCAACGCCAUCACCGUCCCAUUCAAGGCCUGGGGCAAGUUCGGGGGCGCCUUUUGCCGUUACGCGGACGAGAUGAAAGAGAUCCAGGAGCGGCAGAGGGAUAAGCUGUACGAGCGGCGCGGCGGCGACGAGUCGGAGUGCGAGGAGGCGGACGAGGACUGAGGGCGCCGCUUCCCCGACGGGCCCGCCCCGCCUCCGUCCCCUUGCCUGGAGAGCCCCCUUCCUGCUCAUCCCCAGGGAGCCAGUGGAGGCGGAGCGGGGAGGCCCCGUCGGGAGAACACAAAGCUAACAAGUAAUACAGUUCAUCAAGAGAAAUAACCGCAAAAGAACAGUCGCAGACAAUUCGAGAAAAGCAGCAAAGUUCCAAGGAACUGACAGCAGCCUGCAAAGAGGAGACAACCUGAGCAAAAUCGUCUCUGUUUCCAUAGUUUCCAGCUGGGGUUUGCGACCCCGCCAGGGUAGCCCUGCGGGGGGCCAGAUCCUUGCGUGCCCGGGGGCCGCGGAGCACUGGAGUCCCCCCAGACGCGUCCAUGACAGCUGCAUGUGUGUUCUACCUGGGUGCCCUGGCCUGACGAGCUCUCCCGACCUCACUGUUGUGGGGUCGAUCUCUUCACCUCCACUGAAAUCACCAUAUUGGAUCUAGGUCUUCGUGGGAUUCUUGAGAAGAGAGAGGCCUUGGCCUUUGCCCAGUUCUGAGGGUACAGGUUUCGUGAAAAGGGGUGCGACUUUAAAUAAUCAUGGACAGGGCAGAGUAAGAACUCAAGAAGCCACCGGGGAAUAUAGAAACAAACUGGGUCCGUUUUGUCUAAAAUGGUUUUGUGUGGAACCUGGACCAGUGUCCGUGUCUCUUUGUGGCAUUGUUUUCCUGGAUGCAAAUGGAUUCAGAUGUCAAUCCUUCAACUAGAAGCUGUUACUAAAGGGUUUUGGAAGUUGGCCAAGUUUUUUUCAGAGCUAAGAGCCGUUUUACAUUGGGGGUUGCUGAGGUAGGCACGGGAAGAAAUCCGGCAUCAAGCACAAGGAGGACUGUUUGAGUGGAUUAGUUGCUGCUCACUAAAGUCCUUCCCCCGGUCGCUAGACACAGAGGUCAUUACCAAGAGAUGGCUUGGGGGUGAAUGAGAGCCAGGUCCCUGUGGCUGUUCCGCCUGAGCUGGCUAAUUCGGCUCUUUGGGCCACUGGUUGGCUGGAUUUUCAACCGUUAAACUUGAAGAUACCUACAAAAGGAACUGUGGCUACAAGCCUGAGCUUUAAUGGAAUAUAUGUCCUCACAGAAAAGUUGGAAAUAACCAAAACUGAAGUCUUCACCUACCUUCAGUUCCGUCUGUGGAUUUGUUCACAUACUAAAGAUCCUCAGGUCCAGAAUUCCAGCAUCAUCUAUUCUUUUAAAGUAAAUUUUUAAGAACUCGAUCCAUUGUUUCAGUACCUCCCAAUCAAAGUUGGCAAAUGAUGGAUGAGUGAUUGGAGCAGCGCGCCCUUUAGAAGCUGAAAUCCAUCGGCAUGGAGAUGAAGGGAACGUACAAAUGCUGACUAUGUCCUGGAAGCAUUUUUAUACCAUCUUGAAAUUUCAACAAACUGGCUUUCGCCAGUUUAUCCAGCUGUUUUUCAAGAAUAAAAGUUGGGGUUUUCAAGGAUCGCCUCUUCUAUAUUUUAAAUGGAUUUUCAGUAGAAAUGAUUUUUACUAAUCAAGUUAAUCCCACCCCAUCACCAAGGUAUUCCUAGAAGUGUCACAGACCUAGGCGACUUUGAAUUGAACGGGAGCUAACGUUCUUUCCAAAGUUUGUAGGUAUUCUUUGUGCGACACCUUCUCAACCAGGAGGCAAGUAACCCCACCUCCACAAUCUUAGUUUUGUGUUUUUGUUUUUUUUAACUGCAUGCCUGCCCUUUAUCUGAGCUGCCAUUUAAUUUAUUGCAUACCCUUUUAUUAUCUGAGUUUGGUAUUAUUCAAUCUAUACAAUCUUUUUGUAUUUAUUGGGAAAUAAGUAAUCUACAAAAAGGUCAUCUUCAUGCAUCGUGGCUGAGAGGGAGGGAAAGAACUGUACAUAAAAUUAGGCUUUUUUUUAAAAAAAAUAGACUAUGAUUCAGAAUACUGUUGAUCUUAGGUUUUUAAAAAAAAAAAAAAGUGGAAGAGCCACAAACUGGUGCCCUUUUCAGACUAUUUCUCUACUCUCAUCCUCCACAGUAGACUUUUUAAACAGAUUUUUUUUAAAGCUUUUCCUUUUUUUAAAAGACUUUCUCCGUCGCAAAGAAUGUUUCCUAAAUUGUAUGGGAGCAAUAGUAUUUUUGAUGUUUUAAUGACAUCCGUAUAUACUCGUACUGUAUUUUGUACCACAAGGCAGCUGUUUUCAAUAAUGUCCUGCUGUAUUGACCUAUGUGUUUUGAGUGUUGAUUUCUUUGCUGCGGAGAACAAAAAAUCCCUACACCGUUUUAGUAAGGGCGCUAGUGUUAGGUUUGCAGAAACUGUUUCAGUUUCAACUUUGAGGCAGCAAUGAAAAUUCAGGUUGCAGCUCUCAGUUAACUGCUGUGACUUGUUCAUUUUCACACCGUGUACAAUUCCUGUUUAGACCAACUUGUUUUCUUGCUUCAGUGGUGGUUCUGUUGCUCAGCUGCACUGAGCCAGUUCAAUUUUGCAGAGGUGCAGUACCUCCCCUUUGGAAGGGGCUGGUGUAUUUUUUCUUUUCUUUUUGUUUGGCUAAAUUGCAGUAACUAGCCUUGCCUUUCUAUUCUGUAGAAAUGACAGGGUCUUCACAAUCCUUCACCAGUGGCUACUAAGCUAUAAUUAGCUGAAUAGAAAGAAUGUGGAAGUGGUCUGAGGCAUAUAGAGUAUAUGCCAGGAACACUACCAUAUAUGGCAUCAGCUUUGGUUACCAGAGAAAUUUUCUUAGUCAUUAGACCAUAUAACAGUAAUAUAUCAUAUGUAAAUCUUUAGAUAUCAAUUUGAGAAUCCUCCAAAAAAAGGAGCAAAGAAUGCAUAAGCUAUGUGUUGGAAAAAGUAAUUUAUAUUAAAAUUUUGACCUGCCUAUGUAAGAAUAAGUGGUAAACGUCAUAGUGGUGGGUUUUUAAGUCUUAACCAAUCUCAAAGGUUUGUUUCUCCUGCAGGGGGUGGUUCACAGUCUCUCUUCUCACUGCAGGAAGAUUACAGAAGGGUGUGGAUUAGUUGUAGCAUUUCACUGACCCUCAUUCAACUCACUGUUCUGGGGCAAUAGAAAUCCGCGGAGCACAGAGACUGCUCUUUUGAUGUGUGGCCUGUUACCAAGGCCGGAUUUCAGAACUCGUUCAGAAACAGCGCUUAGCAAAGAAAAUCUGUUAAUUCCACUCAGAAAAUGGCAUUACAGACUCUGGGAAACAACCAGAUUUUAUUUGUUCUGGUUUUCAUCCUCUACUACGAACAGUGAUUUAGGGCUUGUCCUUUCACCUUGGCAAACAUCCCAGCUAAUCACAUGUUCAAAACAGUCCAAUUUCUAAGAAAUGGGGAACGAAAAUUCCUUUUGCGACCAGUGGUAGAGUGUUUCUCAAGCCAGUGCCGUUCUGGACCCAAGAAGUCCAGUCGCAGGAACAGAAUCAAAAGAGCAAAACUCUGUGGUGAGAUCCCGCCAUUGCUUCGUGGUUUCUCUUGUCCCCACUCUGGUUCGAGUCGCGGGGCAGUUCUAGUCCGCGGAGAAAGCCUUCAGUGCAUAUGCUGCACAGAGCGCCACGUGAAUCUAUAUGGCACCCAAAACUCAAAGUGGAAACCCAAUGGGAAAUGCAGACACCCUGAGCUGCCGUGGGAGGCAUGGAGUCGGUCAGAAGGGCUGUGGCCGUGGCGCAUACACGGCCACUUGUCAGGUCACUUUCCACAAUGGUUUGCUGCCGGCCAGUGGGGAGGCUGCGGGGGCUGUGGGAGGGGGGCGGGGGGCAGCCCGGCCCCUCCUGCUCCCUCCGGCCCCUCCCUCGCCUGGCAGUAAAUUGCAGGUCUUUUAAAGAGACGCAAGCUUCAGUUUUCUCAAAACAAAACAGUUAUCCUGUCUUAUCUGAAAAAUGCAGGGUUGUGGGCAGAAGAGGCUGGUUAUAAUAAUGCCCUCAUAUUGAGUGGUCUGAAAACGGCUGCACACUUCAGGCGCAUAGUUGCUGAGGAUGCUUUGUUCCGUGUGACCUUGACCGGCUCUACUGGAGGGUAGAGUGACCUGCACAAGGUAUCGAGACGUAACUAUUGCUUGGCGUCCGCCUUGCUCUGGAGGCGGAUGGCCUUAGGGAGAAGCUUGAGUGUGUCAGCCAUGCACAUAAGUAUUCUUCACUGUAAAUUUUGUUUUCAUUUUUAACCCAGUUACGGUACUUUGUCCAAUGCACAACUGAUCUCUCAGUAGAUAUUCAUUUACAAAUAGCGUGGCCUUGAUCAGUGUGAGGGAAGGAGGGAAGUGACCUCGCGGGUGCGAAGGUGACUCACCGAGAGGCCUUGUGCACGCCACUCUUCGUGUCCGAUGCGCGUGUGGCCCGGCUCCUUUCCGCCUGGGGAAAGUUCAUGGUUUUGACCCUGGAGUUACCAAUUCAAUUGAGUUGUCUUCUGUUUUUAGGAAGGAUCAGAAUUGCUCUGAUAAGUAACAAAGUUGACUGCUUUGGUGUCCAAUCUCAGGUUUUAGAAUAGAGUGGUGUAAAAUCCCACUGUUAACUCUUAAAACAAUUUUAAUGUAAUACACCCUAAAAGUCACAUGCAUGAGGCCUGUUCAGAGAGCAGAGCCUCCCAUCGUUUUCCUCCUUUUCCACUUUGUACUUCACUUGAGAAAGUGUCGAGUGAUCUUACAUUGUAUAUUUCCAUUUGAACCGCGACAUAUUUCUCAAAGAUAAAGCACUUUUUUGAUAAUGAAAUUCAUGGGAUCUUCGUGUGAUGUGGAUCAUGGUUUCUCAGGCUCCCUUAGAUAAUCUGCUUACAAAUACUGUUCUGUGUAAGAAGAGUGAAAAUCUUUGCUAAUGUUAGGAAGUUUGUAUUAUUGAUCCAGAAUGCGUUUUGCUAGCUUCCAAUCGAUGGGAGAGUAAACAAUGCUGCAUUCACAAUUUAAUAAGUUACUUUCCCUUAAGCCUUAAGGUAACUUUUUUUUUUUCCUGUCAACAACAGCACUGAAGUUAGAGUAAGUGAAUGAGAUUAUCAGUUUUCAGGGUUGGUUUUAGAGUACUGUAAAUCCAUGAGCUGUCUUCCUGAACAGUUACUAUCCCCCUUGAAUAAACUGGAUAGUGGGUGCGUGGGUGGGCUGGGGGGGUAGCUUGUAGGAAAGAGAAAAGAAAGAAAACCACAUUUACCUUAAGAAAAAUACACAAAAUUUAAAAGUGCAUGUCGGCGCCCCAUUUUUGAAAUUGCAGAUAGAGGGUGGAAAUGGCAAACUAGAACCUCAUUUGCCCAGUUUCUAAAUCUAGGAAAGCAAAGUCAUUGAUUUUCAAAUCCCCCCCCCCCCCAAAGUUUCAAGAGCUCACACUCAGGGGCGGUGAGUUCAUUUAUCCCAGUUCCUGAGUUAAAGUCACUAUUCCCAGCCCUUGGUCUUAAAACGUAGUUUCAUUACUGAUGGAUUCAACAGACCCUUCUUACGAUAAAUGUGGUCCAGUUGUGUCAGGAUGAAAAUCCGAUUUGGAAAAUGAAAAAAUUAUAAAGGUGUAUCAUGAAGAUUUAUUACUCUGGCAAGUUCCAGGUGAUACCUGUUCCCCUUGAUCCAAGUAAGACUUUGAUGAAUGUAUUCUGUAUUCCCUGAGGAAACAGGGAAUAUGCCGUCAGUGUGAUGACCCUUGUUCACCAUCUUUUCCAUUUCAUUUGCAAAUCUGACUCCUGCCUCUCGAGUUAGACGUGUGGCCCGGUCCCGGUAAAGCACCGCAGACACUGUGUGGGUAGUUUCCCUGCUCCGAGGGGGCCCCUCAUCACAGGGGGGCACAGCUUUGUUUGAAGCCAAGAUGUUGUUUUCCCCCAUAGGUGAUUCUAACAGACGCUCUGAUGAAGGAGCAUGACCGUACUUUUGACUAGCAUGAGGUCGUGAGUCUCGGAGCAAAUCGCGAGUGCCCUGUGUGUGAGAUGUCCAGCAACACAGAUAAGACAGGGUCCGUUGUGUCUAUAGGGUGGUGACCUGUGGGGCCGUCCUGCUGAGGAAAGCGGUAGAGCCCUUCACGUUGCCAGUAAGUCCACCAGCAGACUUUUCAUCCUGGGUCUUACCCGCCGUCCAGGCUUGUUCAAAAAAACCUGGUUGGAAACGGAAUGGCCAGGAGGAUAUUCCCUCCCUUUUUAAUUCCCCUUUUCAGGGAGAUACAACUGCAGGGAGAGGCCCAAGAAAAUCGCAGGACAGGGUUCUCCCACAAAGCACAUCCAUGUUGUAGGGAUUGGGGGUUCCGCUGUUCGUCGCUCCAAUACGAGGCAGAAAUCUGCAAGGCACCUCCGCACACAAAAGCUCUCUGGAUUCCUAGAAGUUCAUAGAUGGAACAAAAGUCCAAGCACAGGGCAUACUUCUAGAGCCUAGUUUUACCUGUUGUGGCAGCAGGAGAGUGUAUGGGAGGUCUUUCUCAAUGAUCAUCAAUAUUUGAAUGAUAACUAAGAUCGGUGUAUUGGAACAAUUAGUGGGGAUUUAUUCUUCCUUUUGCUCCUUCGUGCAAAUGUUUUCCCGGGAUCAUUCCUCAGAGUCCAUUUGUCUUCUGAUAACGUUUCCAGACAGCAAACCUUCCAUCCUGUAGGAACCCUCACUGCUGGUCAUAAUCAGCAGGGGCUUCCUUAGACUAGACAGUUCACUCCAAAGUUGGGACUGAUGUCCUGCCUGUGGAGACUCGGCAGAAGUCAUUUAAAAUGAUUUUAAACCAAAUCUUGAUGGCAGGAGACCGAGCUUCCUGAUCUAGAGGGACAACUAGGUACUUAAAAAGGGGUUUGGGGGUGUCUUCAGUCUCUGUGUAAAUACCCACAUGCUUGUGCAUUGUAAACCAAGUGUGUAUUCCUGUGUAUGAAUUUGUAGAACUGGUUUCUGCUUCAAGAGAAGCUGCACCUUUAAUUUUAUAAGGUCCCCUCCACCUGUAACCCUAUAAAUAUUUGUAAAUAGAACACUAAAAUUUGUAGCGAUAGGAUCAACUUGGGAAUAUCUGCUGAGAGACCAAAAAGUUCAUUUUUUUAAGUACCUUGGUUAAAGAGUAAAGAUUAUUCCUCUUAUUUUUUAAAAGAAGAAUGCACUUUAACAGCUGCAUGGGCGAUUCAAACGAGCCCGUGAGGUGCAGUGCCGUUCAGAAAUCACACUUCCUGGAAACCGUUCAGAAGCAGAGUGUAGACGGGCUGUUGUGCUCACGGCCUGGAGGUGGGAGCUCGGGUGCCAGUCGGCGUGGACGCGAGCAAGGCUGCCACGUGGGCACCUCCCGAAGCUUCCGACAGGCCUGUGACAGGCGGGUCCCGUGUUGACCACUAACUAGCAAAACUGACAGAAACACAGAGACAAAAGUUGAAGAAUCCUUACUGCUGGUGUGCACUCCUUACAAUAGCAGAUUUUGCAAAUGGAGUUUUACAGUCUAUAUUUAAAAAUUGUAUGUUUGUAACAAAUAAAGUAUGCGGAAAAGUGAAUGA